AUGACAAGUGAAGAGCCUAAGCCAAGCCACACCUCAGAUCAAAUCAUGGACUGGCUAGAAGAUUCAGUUUCAUUCCUCCCCUCUUUCUUGGAUGAUCCAUACCAUUCUGCUGAGAUCAAUGGCUAUCCAUGGUGGGUUGAAAGUCAAGAUAUUGGCCAUGAUCUGAUCCAUACCAUAAACACUUCUGUCUAUAGCCCUUCUGCCACUGCCAUCGCCACCACUACUAGUCCUCCUAAUUCCACCAUUUCCAAUCACCUUCUGCUUCCCAAUUCCUCCAGGAAACGAAAAUCCGUCGAUGGCCCAAUUCCUGAAACAUCUCAAUACCAUCAUAAUCCGAGGAGAAAUCAUGGCCGGCAGACAAACCAGGCUGAGGAUGGGAAUGCAGCUGUUGAAGAAGUGGUUGCAAUAAGGAAACCAGUUGGGAACAAGAGAAACUCAGCUAAGGCUGCAGGAUAUAACUGUAAUAACGGUAAUAACAAGGAAGGAAGGUGGGCAGAGCAACUGCUCAAUCCUUGUGCCACUGCAAUCACUGAAGGAAACUGCAUGCGCGUACAACACCUUCUUUAUGUUCUCCACGAGCUGGCCUCACUCUCAGGAGAUGCCAACCACCGGCUGGCCUUUCAUGGCCUGCGAGCGCUGACCCACCACUUAUCCUCCUCUGGCUCCUCCCCCUCCUUCUCAGCCCCGGUAGGAUCUGUUACCUUCUCUUCAGCCGAGCCACGAUUCUUUCAGAAAUCUCUGAUCAAAUUCUCAGAGGUUAGUCCUUGGUUUGCCUUCCCUAACAACAUUGCAAACUCUUGCAUCCUCCAACUUCUCAGUGAGGAAAAUGAUCGAACACGUAGUCUGCACAUUCUUGAUAUUGGGGUAUCCCAUGGGGUUCAAUGGCCAAUACUUCUGGAGGCCUUGUCUCGCAGAUCAGGCGGUCCUCCUCCGCUUGUUCGCAUUACAAUAAUCGCCGGAACUGACCAAAAUAACGACACCCCAUUUUCAAAAGGUCCACAAGGUGACAACUUCUCCACUCGGCUUCUCUGUUUCGCCAAGUCCAUCAACAUCAAUUUAGAGAUCAACCGACUGGACAAUCAGCCAUUACAGAAUCUAAAUGCCCAGAUCAUAAACUCCUCCGAGGACGAGACUCUAAUCGUCUGCGCCCAAUUUAGACUCCACCACCUAAACCACAACACCCCAGAUGAGAGAACGGAGUUUCUGAAAACAAUGAGAAAGAUGGAGCCUAAAGGGAUUAUCCUAAGCGAGAAAAACAUCGAAUGUAGCUGCAGUAACUGUGGAAACUUCGCCAGCGGGUUUUCGCGGCAAGUGGAGUACCUAUGGCGGUUUCUGGAGUCGACGAGUAGCGCAUUCAAAGGGCGAGAGAGCGAGGAGAGAAGAUUAAUGGAAGGAGAGGCGGCGAAGGGUUUGACAAACAGGGGUGAGAUGAAUGAAGGGAAAGAGAAAUGGUGUGAGAGAAUGAGAGGAGCAGGGUUUGUGGGAGAGGGUUUGGGAGAGGAAGCCAUUGACGGAGGUCGAGCUCUGCUGAGAAAGUACGACAGUAAUUGGGAAAUGAGAGUGGAAGAGAAAGAUGGGUUUGUAGGGUUAUGGUGGAAAGGUCAGCCUGUUUCGUUUUGUUCGUUGUGGAAGUUAAACGUGGAAGGAGGCCACACUUAG